AUUCAUAUUCAUAUUUCUAUUUCUAUAAGGGAAAAUGCUAGUCGCAGCUCGAUAAUGUCAUCUCGUUCAAAAUUUCAUGUUGCCCAACUAACUCACAACUCACAAACACAACUGCCAACCUCGGUUAAUUAAUAGAGUUCAAAAACUGAAUUUACCUCUUUCCUCCUACCAAUGAUUAUAUCACACCCCUUUGCACCUCUUCCUUCUUGCUUUACAAUUACAUGUUCUAAGCCCUUUUCCCAUAAAAAUCACUUUAUCUCUUCCUCCUCUACAUCUCCACACCUAGUCCUGACCUAUUCAACAACAUCAACAUUGUUAUGUAGUGCUAGAAGUCGAAGACGUACAGACUUCAAUGUAGACAUCACUGAUGAAGAUCAGGUGGUUGAGAAUGAUGAUUAUGGUGGGUUUUCAGCUCAAGGAAUGGAAUCAAAGGACAUUGAUAUAGAAGACGAUGACAAAAGAUAUUCAGGUGGAGGACUGUAUAAAGGCGUGGAAGAGAAGGAUUUUGACAGAAAUCCUGAAUUUGCUGAAUUAAUUGGGGAUUUUCUUGAUGAUCCUGAAAAGGCACAAUCUAGAAUGGAAGAUAGACUAAGAAAGAAAAGGAAUAAAAUACUGCACACAAAGACUGGAUCAGGAGUACAAAUGAAAGUGUCAUUUAAUAAAUUUGAUUUUUCAAACUCAUAUAUAUGGUUUGAAUUUCACAAUGCUCCAUUGGCAAAAGACGUCUCCUUACUUUGUGAUACUAUUCGGGCGUGGCACAUUCUAGGACGGCUUGGAGGAUGCAAUGCCAUGAAUAUGCAACUGUCACAGUCACAGAUGGAAAAACGACCAAAUUAUGAUUAUAUUCAAGGAGCGAAUGUGACACCAACUACAUUUUACAAUAUUGGGGAUCUUGAGGUUCAAGACAACUUGGCUCGAAUAUGGGUGGAUAUUGGAACUAAUGAACCGCUGAUUCUAGAUGUUUUGAUAAACGCAUUGACACAAAUAAGUUCAGAAAUCAGUGUCGGUGUUUAUGUGGUCUCCUAAGCUUCUAUUAUAACACGGUCACCAAAAAAAUUGUAUUUUAAGCUUUGUUGGGAUCAAGCAAGUAGUAUUCGGUGGAGAAGAAUUUGAGAAUUGGAAAGAGAAUCUAACAUCAGAGGAUUCAGGUUAUGGUGUUCACAAGAUAUAGAUACUUUUCUAGGCAUAGUCAAAUGAAGAGUAAAUCAAUGAUAUGUAUCUUUUAGUAAUCUAUUGUAUCAAAGUUGUAAGCAUUUUCCUGAAUUUAUAUUUUGAUUGUUUAGCGUCAGGUACUGUUUAUACCAUGAGAUAGAAGUUGUAAGCUUAUGGAAUUUGUAGAAAUCCACAACUCCACUAGCAUGAAUAAGAUAAAAUGAAUUUUUAAAUC